AUGUUAGACAAAUUGGCUGGUUCUCAGUUCUAUUCACGGUUGGAUCUUCGCAGUGGGUACCACCAAAUUCGGAAACAACCGGGGGAUGAAUGGAAAACUGCUUUUAAGACUCGUGAGGGGCUCUAUGAAUGGCUAGUGAUGCCAUUUGGUCUUAGUAACGCCCCAAGCACGUUUAUGAGAUUGAUGAAUGAAGUAUUAAAGCCUUUUAUUGGUAAAUGUGUUGUGGUGUACUUUGAUGAUAUCUUGAUUUUCAGUAAAACAGAGCAUGAUCGCCUUACCUAUUUAUCUCAGGCUGGGAAAUUUCACUGGGGUGACACUCAAGAGCGUUGUUUUGCUUUAAUUAAACAUAAGCUUUGCCACGCCCCUGUCUUGGUUCUUCCUGACUUCACCAAAGCCUUUGAAGUUGAGACUGAUGCAUCCAUGAUUGGCCUAGAUGAAGAAGACUUCGCUCAGAUUUGGUCUCAUUGCAAAGAUGGUGCUGUCUACAAGGAGUUCCAUGUCCAAGGCGGUUAUCUCUUUCAUGGUAACCAACUUUGCAUCCCUCGCACUUCUUUGCGUGAUCAUUUAAUCUGUGAGCUUCACGCUAGCGGACUAGCGGCACAUCCUGGUCGUGAUCGCACUCGUGCUUUAUUUGAAGACAGAUUUUAUUGGCCUCAUCUUCGUAAACACGUUCAGCGGUUUGUCGAGCGUUGUGGUGUUUGCCAAACUGCCAAAGGCCAUCAUCAAAAUACUCGCCUUUAA